AAUAAUAUGCUCCUUCGAUCUCUACACAAACAAAUAAAACAAAUAUAUAUAUAUAAUUAAAUUACUCAUAAUAAACCCCUUUUUUUAAAUGAAGGAAGAGUACGGCGGCGACGCCCUGUAGUGUGGAGCUGAUCAUCAUCGUCCAGACGGCGGCGGCCUGGCCGGUUGCGGCGGUUGUAGCCAGUCAACGCAACCAACCAACCUAUCAAUCUGCGUGAUGAAUUAUUUGCACAAGACGUUCAUACACAUCUCGUAGCUGCCAGUCAAACUCACACCAAUCUUCCCCAUUCAUACAAAUCUCCCUUCCUUCCCAUUAAUAAUAAUCCAUUAUAUAUUCAAUAGAAUUGAAGUUUCAUUUACAACAGCAGCAACCCAUAUAUACAUAUUUAUAGAUAGAAUCAUGAGUUCGGCGGCGGCGGCGGCGACGACGGAGGUGAUAAUGGAGAUAGAGUCGAACAAGCCGCAGGGGAACGGGAUGGUGGUGGGAGGGCUGAGCCCGCUGAGCGAGACGCUGUGGAAGGAGAAGGCGAACAACACGGAGUUCGUGGGGGACGUGUCCGCCAGGCUGGCGUGGCAGGACCUCACCGUCAUGGUCACCCUCAACAACGGCGACACCCAGAACGUCCUCGAGCGCCUCACCGGCUACGCCGAGCCCGGCACCUUCACCGCCCUCAUGGGCCCCUCCGGCUCCGGCAAGUCCACCCUCCUCGACGCCCUCUCCGCCCGCCUCGCCUCCAACGCCUUCCUCUCCGGCCGCAUCCUCCUCAACGGCCACAAAGCCAAACUCUCCUUCGGAACCGCGGCUUACGUGACGCAAGACGACAACUUGAUCGGGACGCUGACGGUGCGGGAGACGAUAUGGUACUCGGCGCAGCUGCGGCUGCCGGACCGGAUGCCGAGGAGGGAGAAGCGGGCGCUGGUGGAGAGCACCAUCAUAGAGAUGGGCCUCCAGGACUGCGCCGACACCGUCAUCGGAAACUGGCACCUGCGCGGGAUCAGCGGCGGCGAGAAGCGGAGGGUCAGCAUCGCCGUCGAGAUCUUGAUGCGCCCCAGGUUGCUCUUCCUCGACGAGCCCACCAGCGGUCUCGACAGUGCGUCGGCAUUUUUCGUGACGCAGACGUUGAGGAGUUUGUCAAGAGAUGGGAGAACGGUGAUCGCUUCGAUCCACCAGCCUAGCAGCGAAGUGUUCGAGUUGUUCGACAGACUGUAUCUGCUUUCCUCCGGGAAAACAGUUUACUUCGGUCGGGCCUCAGAAGCAUACGAGUUCUUCGCGCAAGCGGGAUUCCCGUGCCCCGCAUUGAGGAACCCGUCGGACCAUUUCUUGCGCUGCAUAAAUUCCGACUUUGAUAAAGUGAAAGCUACCUUAAAAGGCUCUAUGAAACUUCGGUUUGAGACAAAAGAUGAUCCCCUGGAGAAGAUAACCACCACAGAAGCAAUUAGAAGACUGGUUGAUUUUUACCACAACUCUCACUAUUACCAAGAGGCCAAUCUCAGAGUCCAAGAAAUGUCCAAAGUGAGAGGGACAGUUUUGGACUCAGGGGGCAGCCAAGCCAGCUUUCUGAUGCAGGCAUUCACACUAACCAAACGCUCCUUUAUCAAUAUGUCCAGAGACUUUGGGUAUUACUGGCUGAGGCUGGUUAUCUACCUUGUGGUUACUGUCUGCAUUGGAACCAUAUACCUCAACGUCGGAACCGGUUACAGUUCCAUCCUGGCUAGGGGUGCUUGUGCGUCUUUCGUGUUCGGCUUUGUCACUUUCAUGUCCAUUGGAGGCUUCCCUUCCUUCGUCGAAGACAUGAAGGUGUUCCAAAGAGAGAGGCUGAAUGGGCACUAUGGGGUGGCUGCAUUUGUGAUCAGCAACACGUUCUCUGCAACGCCGUUCUUGGUUCUGAUCACCUUUCUGUCCGGCACGGUCUGCUAUUUCAUGGUCCGCCUCCACUCCGGCUUCUCCCAUUACCUCUUCUUCGUGCUGGCUUUGUACGCGAGCGUGACCGUGGUCGAGAGCCUCAUGAUGGCCAUUGCCAGUAUUGUCCCUAAUUUCUUGAUGGGUAUCAUCACCGGUGCUGGAAUUCAGGGCAUAUUUAUGUUAGUCUCAGGGUACUUCAGACUCCCAAAUGACAUCCCAAAGCCUUUCUGGCGCUACCCCAUGUCCUACAUCAGUUUCCACUUCUGGGCUUUGCAGGGGCAGUACCAAAAUGACCUGAAGGGGCUGGUGUUCGACAACCAAACGCCGGACCUCCCCAAAAUCUCUGGAGAAUUCAUUCUGGAAAACCUGUUCCAGAUCGACGUGAACAGAUCAAAAUGGGUGGAUCUCAGUGUCCUGUUCAGCAUGAUCGUCGCGUACCGCCUGAUAUUCUUCGUGGUGAUCAAGAUAAACGAGGACGUGACGCCGUGGAUCCGGGGGUACAUUGCGAGGAGGAGAAUGAAGAUAAAGAAGAAUGGAAACCAAACUGCCCCCUUUGCUCUCACACAGUCCCCUUCUUUGAGGAACUAUGCUGCUGCUUCUUCCAAAAAGUAGGAGAGAUUCUUUUCUUAAUUAUU